AUGUCCGUGGCCGCAGUACAGCCAGUGAUACAAGACGAAAUGAUACAGCGCUUAUUGGCUCGGGAAAAUGUGGACGACCAUCGACGGGCGCGAUUUCGUGCGAGUGGUAUCACGUCACACCGUCAAUUGCUUCAACGGCCUCUGUGGGACGUCGCCCAUGCCAUCGAUUUGUCAGUGCGUGAAACAGAGGAACUCGUGGCAAAAUUAUCGAUUCAACUGGCUCCAGCUAGUCGAACGGCGUUCGACCUGUUCGUGGAAAGCGCGAACCACCCGACGUUCUUACGCACAGGACUUUCGGGCAUUGACCAGGCUCUAAAUGGCGGUCUGCACUGUCGAGCCGUGUCUGAGUUUGCAGGCACUGCUGGAAUAGGCAAGAGUCAAGUUGUCAUGACACUCGCGGUGGCGUGUGCACUGGAUUAUCCGGAAAACACGGUCAUGUUCUUCGAUACAGAGCACAACUUCAGCGCGAAACGGUUGUUGCAAAUUAUUAUUGCACGCAUUCGGCAGACGAGCGCAAGUCGAGACGAAGAUAUCAACGAGCUGGCUGCAACCGUUGCACGACGCAUUCGUGUUGUGCAAGUCAACUCCGUUGCAGCCUUUGAAGUCAAGUUCAAGGAAGUGCAACGUGUCAUGCACUUGCUCAAACUCAAGCUGUUGAUUAUUGACUGCGUGACAGCAUUUUAUGUCAAGGCUCAUGGCUUGAGUCAUGUACAGCGUCAGCACCAGAUGCUACGACUGGUUAGAGACUUGAAAGCUUUUGCUGAUACGUACCAAGUGUUCGUAGUAGUCACGAAUCGAGCAACUACGGUUGAAGGUGACGAUGGGUUGUACACGAAACCCCGGCUCGGCGAUACCUGGGCACACUGCAUCACCACAAGGUUCGCCAUGGAGCGGCAUUCCCUGUAUCGUGCCAUAACCAUUGUGAAGUCGUCCGUUGCGGGAUAUGUCGUACAGCCAUUCCAGAUCAAGGAAGGUGGUGUUGAAGCUGUGGAGGACGAGAAGUCUUCAGCAGCCUCAGAGGACUUUACUUUCCAGGACGAACUACUGAGAGCCAUGACGCUUGGAGCUUUACCCACGGUAGACCCAGAGUGCACGCUACGAUCGACACAGCAGAGCAAUGCAGAGGAUCUUGACGAAACGCCGUUUGACGAACAAAGCGACGCAGAGUCCCAGCUCUAUGAGCAAGAAGAAGUGCAAGAAACCGAGCCUAGUAGCUUCGACAUUGUGUCGGACUCCAACUCUGAACAAGACAUCGAUUCGUUCGACUGGGACGUGGUCACCGACAUGUAA